GAAGCGCUUAAACCUCGUCCACCCCAAUCUCACCCAGAUGCCGACAAUCGCCGCCAUAGCCCUUGAUAGCUGCCUCCAUCGUAAAAACGGCAUCGUCGACGACGACGACGACCACCACCACCACCACCACCGCAAUUCUAAGAGCCCCCACCCGCACCCGUCCUUCUUCCCUGCUCUCUACGCCACUCCUGUUUCCGUCCAAAUCGCCGACUCCUCCCCAACCCCGGACUUCCCUAACCCCUAUCUCCUCAAUCACAAGCGCCGCGAUUGCGUCCUCCCCGCUGCUCACCAUGGCCGAGUGCAACCUGAUCAUGAUCCCGACGAGGCGGAUGAAACAUCCAUCAGAACCGAAGGAUACCAAGCCGCCGCCGCGGAGAUGAGUACCCCGGAUUGCAAGGGGUCCGGGAUGGAGAGCGAUCAGGAUGACGACGUAAUCGAUGAUUUCUUUGACCUUAGAGAUUCGAUGAGCGUCAUCAGCAGCUCUGAGGCCGAGGACGGGGGGGACAACGUCCGACACCCUCGAUGCUCUACUCGGUCGGUAUAUACAGAACACAGCGACUUCUACGAUGCUGAAGAAUUCCUCUCUGAUUGUUCAAUAUCCCGACCAUCUCUUGCCAGUUCCAAUUUUGAAGUCGCACUGCAAUCUCUAAGGCUUAGUCUUUUUGAGGAGACUGAGAAACGAAAGGGAGCAGAGGAGGCUCUUCUCCAUAUGCAUAAACAGUGGCAGAAAUUGUUGACAUAUUUUUCUCAGUUGGGACUUUCACUUCCUGACAUACAAGUUUCUGGAAAUCUGUGUUCUGAGAUUGACCCAGAACCAAUUUGCCAAGAGAUUGUAGUUACUAGGCUUGUAUCUGAGGCUGUUCAAAGGGGUGUUAUCCGGGCAGAAAUUGAAGCAAUUGCUGAGGCAGUUAUUGAAGAGAAGAAUUAUGAAAUUUCUCGAUUGCGAGAUAGAUUGCAAUACUAUGAGGCUGUUAACCAUGAAAUGUCCCAAAGGAAUCAGGAAGUUAUAGAGUUUGCUCGCCAACGUCGCCAAAGGAGGAAUACAAGACAGAAAUGGGUAUGGGCUUGCAUUGGGUUUUCCAUCACUGUUGGAGUUUCCUUAUUUGGAUGCUCUUAUAUACCAAAUUUUGGUAAGGACCAAUUGCAUGAUUCCAGCUCUGAUGCUUCUUCGGGUAUAAUGGAAACUCAGAAAAUCUAGCCUUGUGUCUUAAGGAGUACUGGUACACAUUUAAUUAGAAACAUAUUCGUUCUUUAUCUUCAAGCCAUAUCUCGUGUCAGAGGAUUUUCUUUUUAAGGCCAAUUAAUUGUUUAGAAUCUUUUCCGGAUAGAAUAGAAUGUUCCAGGAAGUAGGUGAGUAGUUGAUGGCUGUUCGAGUAUCUGACUGUUUAGAAUCUUACAGAUUAGUGGAUGAGCAAUAGAUUAAGUGGCCAGGGCCGUAGAAUUGUUAUUCAUAUGUCUGUAACUGCUGACAAUGGUAAUUGACCGCAUAAUGCAGCUAUUGAUCUCCAUCUCUAUCUGAUCCCUCUUAAUUAUAAUGUGUUGGUGAAUCCUUUUGACUGUUUUUCGUAUCAAAGCAACAUCUGCAACUUAUUCCUGAAUUAAUACUGUCAGAGUCUGUAUCUCUAUGUGGACCUCAAUAACUCAAAGUUUAGAGCUGAUGAGACAUUAAUUUCGCGCACGUCUCUUGACAAACCUAGUGGUUUGUCCUCUUUGUCAAUAAUAAUAAUACAUAACCAAAAAAAAAUAAUGAAUACAUGUUUAUGAAAGAAUACAUUGUAAAUCUUCUCCAAUGUAAUUUUUAUUAGAGUUAUAAAAUUGUAUUUCCCAUGUCUUUUGAUAAAUGUAUACUCAUUUACAAAAUCUAUGA